AGGAGGAGUGGCCAGUGCCUAAGGUGGUAGAGGUAGUGAAGGCAGGGAGGGCGGGGCGGGACUGGACGACCAGCAGUCACUUCCCAGCUCCAGACGGGUCAAGAUGUGCGUUCCUCUCAUCCUUCUAGCGUCGGUGGUGUCCCUUGCGGCCGGCAGUCCACAGCGCGGCACAUCCCAGUCCAUCCAAGGAGGAAGGCUGACUUCUUCUGCGAAGAAGAUGGCCUGUACGCUGACUUUGAACAGUGUGACUUGUAUUGGGAGUGCAUUGGUGGCGUGUCCCAAUCCCACCUCUGCGAUGACGGUCUCGUAUUUGACACACUGAAGGCCAAAGCAGGACACGUAGACCCCUGCGAUACCCCUCUUGUCGUCGACUGCAGGGACAGGCCACUUAUGCAACAACCGACAUAUCCUAGCGAAUUCUGUGUGAGAAGGCACGGCGUUUUUGCUGACCCUAACGAAGCCAUCUGCAAUCGCUUCCACACCUGCAAGGACGGCUUCCAGGAAGGCUUCACUGACUGCACAGCUGGCCUCCACUUUGACCCUAAGACGGGUAUCUGCACCUGGCCCGAGGCUGCUGGAAGGACGGGCUGCGCCGAGAACCCACAAUCUUGUCUGAAGAAUGGUAACUUCUGCUGCGACGGCCGGCAAGUGUUCACCGCUGAAGGCUUAGCCGUGCCUCACCCGUCCUACGUCAACCUUGAUGACUGUCAGAAGUUCUACGUGUGUCUCAACAAUCUAGUCCCUCAAGAGUCUUCCUGUCCUCUCGGCCAGGUGUUCAACGACAAGACAUCCCUUUGUGACUACCCAGAGAACGUGCCCGAGUGCCAGGACUUCUACGCCAACCACCCUCUAUCUGAUGUCCUCAACAACCAAGAACUCCAAGGCAGUAUCAGGGAAUUCAUUGAUCGUCGGGCCAACUAAUAUAUCACUCAUUUCAUCUCGCUCAGCCUCUCUUUCUGUGCGUGUUUGAUUAAUUGCCUGCCAUCUUUCAAAUCUGUCUGUCUGCACACCAGUUUGUAAAUGCAUGCAUUUCAAGAUCCAGCUUUUUUUUUUUAACUACUCAUUACCACACGCUUCUUCCAUUGUUUAUUGUUUGAUAAUAAUUUCUUCUUGUCUUCACCUAAAUUACCAUUCUCUAUUCCUUCUGUCCUUGGCAUACAAAGUUUAAUGCCCAGGUUCUGCUCAUGUCACAUAGAUAAUAGUCGUAUUUUUCCUUUUUGUCAUUAUUUUGUAAAAUAGCGAAUGUGAUCCCUACACGUUCCGUUUUGUAUCUACAAUUGAAAGACAAUUUACAUGUAGCUCUUGCAGCUCUAUUUUUAUGUGUUGUAAAGAUUAAGACAAUA